AUGGUAUCGGUGACCGUUUCAUCUCGUCUCAAUAAUCAACAAUUCCCGUUGGAGUGCUUGGUGCUCCCUAAGCUGACAGUGAAUCUCCCAACCAAGACUGUGGACAUCAGAACGUGGCAAAUCCCCCCACAUCUGCAGUUAGCCGACCCGCAGUUUUACAAAUGUCGUGGCAUCGAUUUAAUUAUCGGUGCCGAACUCUUGCCGCUCAUUCUUCAACCAGAGCAGAUUCCGUUCGAUGAUCAGCUACCACCACUUCAAAAAACAAGCUUUGGAUACGUGUUCUCUGGCAAGGUUUCCACCCCAGCAGUAAUCCCAGUUAUUUGCCUUAUUUCUACUUUGGAUAGCUUGGACGCUCAAGUAAAACGGUUCUGGGAAGUUGAAAAUUUUGACUUCGGCAAAUGUCUCACCACCGAAGAACAACAAUGCGAAGCACACUUCGCAUCAACGCACUCUCGUAAUAGUGAAGGUCGGUAUGUAGUGCGUUUGCCAGUCAAGGAGGAGCUGCUCCCUUCAAUCGGAGAUACUUGGAACAUAGCAGCACGUCGUUUCUCCGCUGUCGAAAGGCGUUUCCGUUCCGACGAGACUCUACGCAAGAGCUAUGCUGAUUUUAUGGAGGAAUAUGAGCGGCUCGGCCACAUGGAGGAGGUGAUGACUCGCGUCGCGUUGCCCCAAUAUUUCUUGCCCCAUCAUGCAAUUCUACGUCCCGAUUCGUCCACAACAAAAAUCAGAGUAAUCUUCGACGGUUCAUCGAAGAGCAGCAACCAACUAUCACUGAACGAUCUUUUGCUCACUGGACCUACUGUUCAGCCACCUAUGAUUUGCACCAUAAUAAAUUCUCGUUUUCAUCGAUUUGUAAUGAAGGCAGACGCAGAGAAAAUGUUCCGGCAGAUUCUUGUUCAUCCAGAACACCGUAAUUUACAGCAAAUUGCCUGGCGACAGGAGGAAUGCAAGCCGCUAAAGAUCUACCGCCUCAAUACUGUCACCUAUGGCACAUCUUGUGCCCCUUAUCUAUCCACACGAGUCCUAAACCAGUUAGCGGAUGAUGAAGGCAAUGACUUUCCGUUGGCCGCAUCUAUCGUUAAGAACGACUUUUAUGUUGAUGACCUUCUCACUGGAGCCAACACCAUCGAAGCUCUAGUUGAAGCCAGCACACAAUUGGAUGGUCUUCUGAAAAGAGGUGGUUUUACCCUCCGAAAAUGGAGUUCAAAUAAUCCGAGUAUCUUGGCCCACCUUCCAGAAAGUUUGAAAGAAGAUCAAACGUCACUAGAACUCGAUAGGUCGGAUUCGAUCAAGACGCUUGGCUUACUAUGGUUUCCGGUAGCAGACGAAUUCGGUUUCAAGGUUCCCGAUCUCCCACCUUUGCAGCAUGUUACAAAACGCAUAGUACUAUCGGAGAUGUCACAACUAUUCGACCCCUUGGGUCUCAUUGGCCCCGUAGUAGCAAGCGCGAAGAUGUUCGUUCAACAGUUGUGGCAGGAGAAAUUAACAUGGGACGAAGAGCUCCCCGAAACUCUACGAUCAUGGUGGCUGUCCUUUCGAGCUUCAACAAACAUUAUUCGAGAUCUUCGAGUACCUCGAUGGGUAUUCGGGGAAAAUACCACACGAUUCGAGAUGCACUGUUUUGUCGACGCCUCUUCGAAAGGGUAUGGAGCAUGUAUAUACGCAGUUUCAGAUGGUCCAUGCACGUCUCGAAGCUGCAACUUGUUGAUAGCCAAAUCACGCGUCGCGCCAGUAAGCGGUUAUUCGAUUCCAAGGUUGGAACUCUGUGCAGCUGUGCUGGGAAGUCAGUUGGCUGAUCAUAUCCGGCAGAAUACCAGAUUCAACGCCAAGAUUACCUUUUGGUCGGAUUCAUCGAUCGUGUUACACUGUAUUAGUUCUCCGCCGUCUUCUUGGAAGAUUUUCGUGUCUAAUCGGGUAGCAGAGGUUCAGAAGCUCAGCAAUGGAGCUCAGUGGCGGCAUGUCCCAACACUUGAAAAUCCAGCCGAUAGAAUAUCCCGUGGAGUACAACCGGAGGACAUCAUGCACGAUGCACUGUGGUGGCAUGGGCCGAAAUUCUUGCUUGACGAACCACAAUCCUGGCCAGAUCCUAUAAUUCUGUUAUCAGCUUUUGAUGUUCAACAACAAUCAACUGAGCAACGACAAACGGUUACGCUUUUGUGCAUCACAUCCGACGAUUCGCUUAUUCACGAUUUCUCCCAGCUCUCGCAUCUCCUCAGGAUCGCGGCGUACUGUUUGCGUUUUCUCAGGAACUGCCAGCUGCCAAAGCACGAUCGCAAUGUGGGAUCAAUCACUCCCAUAGAAUAUGAUAGCACCUUAAAAUCUCUGAUCCGAGUAGCGCAAGGUAAAGACUUCCAGCAGGAACUGCGCUUGCUACAAAAGCACAAGGAAGAUCCGCUGGCACUUCGUAAGGCUGAUUAUAAAUCACCACUGAAGGAUCUCGAUGUAUGGGUCGACGACUCCGGUCUUCUCCGAAUCAACGGACGGCUGGCGCAAUCUCGUGGUUCCUUUGACAGCCGCUUUCCAAUUAUCCUUCCGGCUGACCAUCACCUUUCGAAGCUGAUAGCCAACUCCAUACAUCACCAAACACUACACGCGGGGCCCACUCAAUUACUUGCAACCAUCAGGCAGCGUUUUUGGCCGAUUCGUGGCAGAAUUUUAGCUCGAAGGACAGUUCACCAUUGCAUGACAUGUACUCGAUUUCGUCCACCAGCAAGCAACCAGUUCAUGGCACCACUACCGACGAACCGUGUUACAGCAACGAAAGUAUUCGAAAUCACGGGGUUGGAUUAUUGUGGGCCGUUUUUCGUUCGAACACUGGCAGGAAGAGGUGCUUCGGUAAAGGUCUGGGUCGCAGUGUACGUUUGUUUCGCCGUAAAAGCCGUAGUCCUUGACAUUGUCGUCGGUUUAUCAACGGCGUCGUGCGUCAAUUCGUUGAGGCGCUUCGUGAGUCGUGUCGGGCGCGUCCGUACAAUACACUGUGACAACAGCAUCACGUUCGUUGGCGCGUCGCGCGAAGUUAAGGAGUUGCGGCAAGUUUUAGUUAAUCAACUGAAGGGCACCGCCUGGACGACAGAAUGUUUGGAGAGAGGCAUCGAAUUUCAAUUCAUCCCACCCCGUGCACCACACUUUGGCGGGCUUUGGGAGGCCGCAGUUAAGUCGUUUAAGCGGAUUAUUCAGAAGAUCAUCGGGGUAUCCACACAUCACUAUGACGACAUGCGUACACUGGUAGCGCAAGCGGAGUGCAUCAUGAACUCCAGGCCAUUGACGCCUCUUUCCAACGAUCCGCAGGACCUCUACGUCCUGACUCCUGGACAUUUUAUACUAGGAGAGUCCAUUUAUCAAUUGCCCGAACCAGAUUUUUCCCAGGUGCCGACUAAUCGUCUAAACCACUUCCAGGCCACACAACGUACCAUCGCUGAUCUUUGGAAGCGUUGGUCCAAGGAAUACAUCGGGCUUCUCCACCAACGACCAGCCAAGUGGAGGAAGACACCCACUGAGUUCCGUGUUGGUACAAUGGUUCUAAUAAAGAACGACAACGUUCCUUCGAAGCAAUGGCCCCUCGGUAGGGUUGUGGCUACCUAUCCUGGCAAGGACAACAUCGUGCGCGUAGUGGACGUGCGUACGCAACUUGGUGUCCGACGUCGAGCUACGUCAGAGCUUUGCGUUCUUCCUAUCGAUGCCGACCAAGAACUACCUAAGACUGUCCCUACUACAUCUUCUUGA